AUGGCCGACAAACGGAUAUGUCUGACAACCAGCGACGAUGAUAUCAAAUAUGGCCGACUACCGAGUGACGAUGGUGUCAACUAUGGCCGACUACCAAGUGACGAUGGUGUCAAAUAUGGCCGACUACCAAGUGACGAUGGUGUCAAAUAUGGCCGACUACCAAGUGACGAUGGUGUCAAAUAUGGCCGACUACCUAAUGACGAUGGUGUCAAAUAUGGCCGACUACCAAGUGCCGAUGGUGUCAAAUAUGGACGACUACCAAAUGACGAUGGUGUCAAAUAUGGACGACUAGCAAGUGGCGAUGGUGUCAAAUAUGGCCGACUAGCAAGUGACGAUGGUGUCAAAUAUGGCCGACUACCAAGUGACGAUGGUGUCAAAUAUGGCCGACUACCAAGUGACGAUGGUGUCAAAUAUGGCCGACUACCUAAUGACGAUGGUGUCAAAUAUGGCCGACUACCAAGUGCCGAUGGUGUCAAAUAUGGACGACUACCAAAUGACGAUGGUGUCAAAUAUGGACGACUAGCAAGUGGCGAUGGUGUCAAAUAUGGCCGACUAGCAAGUGACGAUGGUGUCAAAUAUGGCCGACUACCAAGUGACGAUGGUGUCUAA